AACCUCGAUCUGAUGAUCCUGCGGCGGUAGCAAUUUACGGGGAUAGAUUUGUCACAAAUCUGGCUCACUUUCGUCUAGACGAAUGUGACUCUGCAAUUGAGCGGGGGAUCAACAGCUACUGUUUACAGCAUCUUCAAUGGUAUAUAAAGAUUGCUGCUUUUGCUAACAUCUCAACAAACCACAAGGCCCACUCAUCAAUUCGUCUUAUCUACCUAUGCCCUCCAUCGCCUCCAAAAGCUUCACUGAGGUUUAUACCUCUGCGACCGAUCUGCUUCACGACGUGUCGCAUGAUCUUGAGAGCAACCACACCAACUUCAACGUCCUAUUCCCUCACGCGUUGAAGUGCCGAGCCGCCGAGCAGUCGGGCCAACCCCCCAAACCGGGACAGGUGUGGAUCGUCCACUUCACCUCCGACCCCCAACCUCGCGCGCAAUUCAUCCUGUCAUGCACGACCACGGAAAUGGGGAAAUAUCCCAUCUUCAUCACCACCACCUGCCCUACAAAUAGCCUCACUGCCGAAUUCAUUCGCCAACCGAUGUCCCUCCUUGCCAAAGAGCUCUAUAGAGUGGUCCCUGUCCCCAGGGUCUAUUCUGUAUUCGCUCCCGACGCGAUCGCCCACCAUUUCGCAAAACUGUGGACUCAACUCACAGGUGUCGGUCACAUCAAGGAACCCUACUAUGCAGCAAAGUUGUCUUUCUGCACCAAGGCGACGUUCCGCUAUCGGCAAGCAACGAUGGUGCCGGGAGUCACAUUUGAGCUACGCCUGGCGGUCCCCAGUGACAUCGAGGAGAUCGCUAGGUUAUGCUAUGGUUUCGCUAGUGAAUCAGAACCUUUCGUUCUCGAUGAUGCCGGCGCCCUGAAGGAGGCCACUCACCUCGUCCGACAAAAUCAAGUUUGGGUGCAUCGCAUCAGACAGCAAGGAGAAGACCGCAGUUCCAUCGCAUCCAUCGUUGCCUUCACCCGUAACAGCGAUGCGGUUGCAACAAUAACAAAGGUGUAUACCAACCCCGAUUACCGCCGUCGCGGUUGUGCCGAGCGACUUGUUAGACGAGUUUGCAAACAUUUGUUCAUGACCAAAGACAAGGUUGCCUUGUACGUUGCUCACAACAACCCUGCCGCGUCAAAGGUGUACCACCGCGUCGGCUUUGCCGGGCUUGGUGAUGAUGGUGUUACCGUCGAGGGUGUAGAUGCCUGGACUGAAAUCGGGUUUGACCGAGAUGUGAUUGACCUUGGACAUUGGUAAUUGAUCUUGAGAUUUG